AUGUCAACCACCGAGUGGAAGGCUCACGUCCCUCUAAUCUCAGGUGCUGCCCUGCUCCUGGGAUUCUCGGUCCUAUUGCGGUCUACUCUGUUAUCCAGCUCUAAGCGUAGCGCAUCCAUUCGACCCUCCGAAGAACGUGUGCUUAUCAUUGGCGCUUCGUCUGGCGUGGGCCGUGCAACGGCCGUCGCCUAUGCAAAGCGUGGUGCUCGUGUUGCAAUCACGGCUCGGCGCUCGGCUGUGCUUGAACAAGUGAAGCAAGAAUGUAUCGAUGCGCUCAAUGAAUCCGGACAUCCCAGUCGGAAAGAUGCGAUCCUUGCUGUGACUGCUGAUUUUUCUGACGAAAGAGAUAUGGAAGGAGUCCGAACGGCCAUACAGAGAGUUUGGAAUGGUCUCGACACCGUUGUCGUGGCCGCUGGAGUAUCAGCCCUACAACCUGUGAUGAACCUAGUAAACCAAGGCGGGGUAGGUCGAGCCGUGACCGUAGCUGUAAAAGCCAUCGAAGGAAAUUACGUGGGGCCGCUUGUUUCAGCUACUACGAUGAUCCCGUUCCUUGAAAGCACCUCAAAGAAACCAGCUAUAGCAUUGAUAUCCUCCCUUGCAGCUGUAGUUCCUGCUCCAACACGAGCGAUUUAUUGCUCAACAAAGAGCGCUGGGUUGCUCCUAUUUCAAUCCCUUGCUAUCGAACAUCCACGAAUCAAGUUUAGCAAUAUUAUUCCAGCCACAAUUGAGGGUGAUUUCAGAGCCUCUGCAGUAGAUGGAGGAGACGUGCGAGAGGUUCUCAAAGGCGCUCUAGGGAGGGAACAAGUUGCCCAGGCUAUUAUACAUGCAGUGGACACGGAGCAACGUAAUGUGUGGAUGCCACGCGCAAUGCGCUUUGUCCCGUUUUUGUAUUGGAUCUGGCCUAGCUUUGUCGAGAAGAAAGCCAUGAAAAAAUAUAGCUUUACUGUUGCAGGAUGA